UGCUGCCCAAACAGUACUUUAACCCAGCUCCGGCUGGGUGUGUUUGAACAAACAGGAGCUCCCCAGCUCCCGUCCCUCAGCAGCGCCCGGCACCCAGCACACCCCAGAAAUGCGCUUCCUUCCCCGCCUCGGCCUGUCGGCCGCCCUGGCCGCCGCCGCCCUCCUCAGCUGGCGGCUGCUGCUGCCGAGCCCGGCCCGCGGCCGCGCAGGUGACCUGGCCCCCAAGGCAGAGGAUGGCUUCACUUUGACACUGGACACCUUUCUUCACGUCCAGCAGCUCAGGAAGAGGAGAUUGAGAGCUUUUUGCAGCCAAGCAGGCAAAGUCAGCACACUGCCAAGCAACCGGGAAAUGAGAGCCUCCCUGCUCCCGAGUCUGAGGGUGAACACCAAGCUGGACCUCCUCUACUGCCAAGUGCCAUCAGCAGGGGUGGAGGAAUGGCAUCAGCUUUUGGAGAAGCUAGAGGAGGAAAAUGUGACACUGCCAGUGCUGCUCCCCUACCACCGGCUGCACACUAAGGAGACACGGCUGAGCGAGUUCAACCAGACGGAGAUAAAGGCCAUGCUGGGGUCUUACAUCAAGGUGCUGUUUGUCAGGGACCCCUUCCACAGGCUGAUUGCCACAUUCCUGCAAGGCAUGGGCAUCAGCCCGUCCUUCAGCAGCUUCAUCCAGGAAGUGCUAGACAGUGGGAUGCACAACAGCAGCGUGGCUUGGAAACCACUGGUCAGCCUGUGCCGGCCCUGCCUCAUCCAGUAUGACUACGUGGUGAUGUUUGGCUUCCUCAGGCAGGAGCUGGGCCACCUGCUGCGCCGGGCUGGGCUGCCUGUGGGCAGCCUCCUCCCUGAGCUCACCGACAGCCAGGUGCAGUGGACCUACAGGUGGUUGUCAGAGCAGAUGUUCAGUGAGCUGUCUGCCCAGCAGAAGAAGCAGCUGUCUCAUUUCUACCGCUGGGACCUUGCUGCUUUCCCAUUUUCUAACAGUUUCCUGUCAGACCAUCCCAGCACCGUGGAGACCUGGCAGAAAUAACCCGUACAGAGGAAGUGUUUCAGGGAGCAUUAAUCCAUAGGCAAGUGCUUCAAGAUACUGACAGGCCUUUGUUUCCCAGCUGCUUGCAGUGAGGUUUUCCAUGACACAGUCCAAAAGACCCAUCAGAGAGCUGAGACACACCACUUCCAGGGACAGGGCAUCAAUGUGGUUGAAUCGUGCUUAAACACAAGAG